AGAAAAAAGAGGGGUGCCCAGUGCCCAUCGCCGUCGCCCUCUUUCGAAACAUCGCAACUCGCAAUUUGGGAAUACCUACUUACUUGGGACUCUUGGGAGUACUUGCUCAGUUGAUCAUACAUACUUGCGAGAGUAGCAUCAUCAUAUUACAUAUGUGUGUAUACACCACUAAACUUGGGCGGCACGUAUACCUUUGCAGUUUGACUGCAGUGCAGUGCGCGAGAGCUGUGUGUUUUUGUAAUUUUUGUUACGCUUGUAAUGAUAAUACAUCAUAUGACCUGAAGUGACGAUAAAGUGCUCAGAAGUGCAUGUAGCCGCGAUCAUUCAUUGUUUUUAAUAGGGAGUCAGUUAUUAUUUCUUUUCGAAUGUUUUUACCUUCUAAAUAAACCUCCGUGGAAUCCGUGGAUGAUAUAAUAUAUAUACACAUAUAUAUUAUACGUAUAUACAACUACCUAUACAAGAUUUUUGGAGCAGAGGAGCGUCAAACAAUAAACGCCACCAACAUACACACAUAAAAGGGCUCACUGUAAGCUCAACAAGUUGGCUGAACGAGCUUUGGCAUCAUCAUCACCAUGACUGUCAUAACGAAGGCGAUUAGCGAAAAAAAGUCCGGGGACAAAUUGGAUCAGCCAUUGGUCGUCCCCGUAGCCCAGAGCCAGGGCGAGGACGCAGCUGCCGAUCCCGAGUCCCAGUACCCGAAAAGCGACUACGUGAUAAGGAAGCGUUUUCUCAUAAUCGGCAGCAAUCGUUUGUCCAAUGGCGUAACGACUUACUGCCUGUUCUUGACCGGCUUGCUGGUGAUGCUGAUCGGCGUUUUUGGUGGCCUCUGCAUUUACAAGCUCUACACUCGCGAGCAGAUGCACAAGUAUCGCACCGGCUGGUACACCAUUCCGUACGAUCAGUCCUUCAGGAUGAAGGAGCUCAGGCAGAACCUCCUCUCCGAUCCCGAUCUCCUCAAGGAGUACGUCAAGGCCAAGGAGCCGCUGUCCAUGAAACUGCAGGGCGCACUCUUGGCCAAAGACGACAAUUACUUGCAAGAGCGCUUUGAGAUCGACCUCGACGACGGCUACGAGGACAUUUACGUACCGGACUUCCGGGGCGGUAGACAGGGCCGCUUCAUACACGAUUUCAGCACUAAUAAAACUGGAAUUAUCGAUGUGGAAGGCCAGUGCUGCUUUGUUAUGCCGUUGAAUCGCCAAAGAGUCUUACCGCCGCGCGACAUUUUGGAUCUUUUGAAGAAAAUGCGCAACGGAUACUACGAGGUGGACACCGAAGUUGUUAGAGAAACCAUGAAAAUCAUUUUCCCACCAGUUACCGAUUACGUCUCCGUUGGACCGUACAUAGCUCGUGAAUGUCAAGAUAUGCCCACUUAUUUAUUGCAACCAGUUAACGAAAAAGUACGCAAGCGCAGUGCAUCUGACGAGGUCUACUGUCAAUUCGCUGGAAAAAACAUCAUACAAUUUGACAUCGUCAACUUAGCAUCUGUUCUUAAUAAGAAAAAUUAAUGUUUAAUUAUAUCGCGUACGUACGAGUAAGAAAGAAAGAAUUGGCGUAUUGAUAUAAUCCAGUGAUAGUUGCAUGUCAUUUGUUGCGUAUAAUUCUUCCAUUUCUGGCCGUAGACAAAAGAAAUCAACUCGCGUACGAUCGGGCUGAAUGUAACUGCGUAAAAAUUUGGAAUUUUUUUUUUUUUUUUUUUUGAAAAACCAUUAAUUUGUGUGAUUUGAGAUGCAAUUGAUUGAUCUUGUGAUUGAUGUGCGGUGUGGUUGAUCAAAGUAUUAAAAUAUUUGAAAAAUAAGCAAAGAGCUUCAACGCCUUUGUAUAAAGGCACGACUGCUGCGUUUAUCACCAAAGCAAAAGUGUAAGUAGUUGGUAAUUACAUAAAGUUGUUGAUUCUUUGUACAUUUUUAGUAAUAACGAUAAAUUGAUAUUACAUUUUUUGUUUUUUACUUUUAGUCAAUUUAUAGGUUUUUAUUCAUUUAUAGGUCAUGCAGAAAAUUCUACCUUGUGAAAAAAAAAAAAAAAAAUUCUCAAAAGUCGAACCUGAGAAAACGAGAUAUCUACAAAUUUUUACGUAGGCAGUAAAAUUUAUUGUUUUUUACGUGUUACUCUUUUUACCGUGUGGUGACAAUAUAAGGCAUACCUGUCGAGCAGUUGUGCUUACUUGUGUGAAGCAGUCGUGCCUAAAAAUAUUCCUACAUUUACGAAUGUUUCGACAAAUUCUACCGUGCAAGGCGAUUCAUCGAUGCAAUUAUCAAUUUUAUGUUCCCCUAUGCCAAAGCGUGAUGUUUCUACAAAUACUUGCAAAAACUUCAUGACUCAAAAGAAGUUAAUUUCCUAUCAAGCAUCCAACUUACUUGAAAUUUCUGUUAGCCAUUAAUACAAUUUUACUUUUCAAGCGUGUAUAUGUUAUUUAAACUUUACGUGAAUUGUUUUCAAACGUUAUUACGAUUGAGCAGUGAUAUUUGAUUGAGUAAUUAUUUUAAAAAAUCGUAUGCAUAAUUUUUUACAAGUAAUAAUUUUAACUUGCAUCAGUUGGAUACUUGAUGUUAUUUAUAAGAGCAAAGAGUAAGAUAUAAGUCGAAUUUAAAUAGUUGUAGUUUAUACGUUUGCCGAUUAGAAUCUUUAAAAAUCACAAUGUUUAUAGAAUUCAAUUACAUGUAAUACGACGUUUGAAUGAUGGAAUGAAAAUUGUAAGUUCUUAUACAAGAAAUAAAUAAAAGUUGAAAAUAA